AUGGAUGAAACGAGAGAUCGAUAUCACGAUGAAAAUGAUAAUACAAAAGAGACAGCAGAGCCAUUGGCGAAAAUAACAGCAAUACCACAAUGGAGAAAGUUGUUAUAUUCAAGACAGCCUUUUCCUGACAAUUAUACCGACGUUUCGUUCUUAUCUCAAUUAAAGAGAAAUACCACCGUUACAAAAUACUCAUAUUGGAAACUAGUCAAUGACUUUUCUCUCAUAGUGGUACACAUGUCAAAUUUAUUAUUGGUCAUUUUGAUCUUUAUAGGCAUUUAUGCUAAGCAAUGGAACGCACUUUUGCCCACUAUGAUAAGUAGCAUUUGCACUAUAGUGGGUUUUGUUAUUUUACAUUUCAUAAGGAAACACAAUCCAUCGAAGACAAGCUCUUCCACUGAGUUGAAUAGCUUUAACCCCUAUCAGUCACUUAACAACAAUCUCAAUGUGAAACCAUUCUUGCGAAUAAUUGUCAUUUUGCUUGUCCUAAGUCCAGUUCUUAAAUCAUUAACAAGAUCCACGUCUUCAGAUUCCAUCUGGGCUUUAUCAUUCAUGUUAUAUUUGGCGAAUACUCUCUUCCAUGACUACGCAAUGGACGUAUCGAUAGAGAACUACAGGCCCAUUUUGUCUACUAAUAUAUCUUUAUCAAAUUCGAUAGUUUUGGCAUCGAGAUUCAGUUCAAAUGUUGAGGUGUUUUCGUUCAUUCUUUUCGCUAUUCAAGUGAAUAUUCUCUUGCCAUUAUUUGACUUUAGCAUGAGGAAACAUAGCUCGAAUGCUUAUUAUCAUCGAAUACUUUGUGCAUCCCUUCAAUUAGUGGUUUACUGGCUUAUUAACACACUCUGGGGUGGAAAAAUAGUAUUUUUUUGGAUUGUCUUUCAGGGAACACUUUCGUUUGUUAUACCUAAGUAUUUUUUAUUCUUGCAAAGAUACAAAAACGAAUUGCAGGGUCCCUGGGAUAUUGCAAAUCCUAGAAUCCGCUCAAACUGA